UUUAUUUUGAUUUUUCGGUUUUGUUUUGAUAAAAUUUAUAAAGAAUUUUUACAUGUGUAGGAUUGGGUGUGAUUUUGAAUUCAAAGCGAUUUGCGUGCACCUUACAAGGUGCAGUUCUCCGCACUCGAGGCCCGAGAUCGGCAUCAGCAUCAGCGGUGCCUUGAGAUUGCCACUCUCAAAGUGAACGUUCCGAUGUGGAAACCUUAUACACAUGUCUUAUUACACAAGCUCCUGUCCAGAUCAGAUACAAAUUCAAAAAUUUGUAAACAAAAAUUGUAAAAAAUAGAAAAUCCCAACCCUCUCUGACCAUCGAACUGGAACAUUUUAAUGGUGAUCCGAGUUGAAAGGGAAGACGGAGGACGUAGCUGAAUACCAGAUCGAGAUAAUGAGCCGACGACCCCAGGGCUUCGUCUUGGACAACAAGUCCAUGGGCCUCUGCAAUCCCAGGCCGCCAUCACCGUGUGGGACUCCCAAACCCAGUUGCAGUGCCCUCGCCGGUAAGCCCCAGUGCCAACCACAGAACCUGCCACAGUGCCAGCAGUCGUGCCAGGAGACAAUCCAGUUGAAGGACGAGGGAUCAGCCUCCCACGCCCAGUGCAAGGUGAGCAUGGAGCCCCUGUGCACGGAUCACUAUCGCUGCCUGCUCAAGAAAUUUCGGGUCUCCUCCGGCGAUUCCGACAAGGUCAACUUUGAGCUGAACAACAUAUUCCUCAAGAGACUGGACGAGAUUGACUGCCUGGAGGAUCAGGGCGGAGAUGCAAUGCACAGCUCCCAGCUCCGUCUGGUCACUUUCCAAGAGUGGGUGGACUUCUUGCUGAACGUUAACCAUGUGAUCCUGGGCAACAUGUCGGCGUUGGAGGACGAGGCCUAUGGCAAGAUCUUGACCUGCUUCCAGUCGGUUCAGGGAGAGCAGCAACAGUCCCUGGAGGAGAACCGAAAGCUGCGCAAGGAUAUCUGUGCGAUCAUCAAGCUGGUGCAGAAUGCCUACCAUCGGAACUGCUGGCAAACGGAGGGCAUCCACCUGGAAACGCUGACGAUCAGGCAGCUCCUGGGGGUGGGCAAGGAUCAGUGCCUGCCCGAGAGCGAAAGCGAGAAGAUGGCCGAAUGCAUGAAGUCCUUGGUCAACGAGAUGGCCUCCAAGCACGACGAGGUCCAGCACCUAAAGUCUCAACUCUGCGCCCAGGACGAAGUGGUCCAGACAGCUAGACAGAAGCUGCUCCUAAAGGACCAGUGUAUAGCUCAGCUAAAUCAACAGCUACAGGAGAUUUCACAGUGCCUUAAUACUAUGACCGAGCAAUCGACCAGCAAGGCCUCGCAGCAAGAAAUGGAAGAUGAGAAGGCCCCGAACUGUCCUCCGGUUGAAACUUCAUCCGACAGCGAUCCACUGCCAAAGAAGAUGUUGACUAGCCUGGUCGUCCAGGAGCGCCUGGAGCGGGCCGAAUGCGAAAUGGUUCGAAUGCUGAACGCGGAGCUCAGUGAGCUGUUCGAACUUCACAGCAAACAGGAGUUCAAGGCCGUGGAGGAUCGUCAAAGAAAUUUGGCCUGCAUUAUAGAGCAGCUGAAUGCCGAUCGGUUGGACACUCAGAACAAACUCAAUAAUAUUCGCAGCCAGUUGAGGAUUCUCCAAGAGGAUAUAGACCAGUCCUGUACAUGUAAAUCCGAAACUGAGGCAGAGGAUCCGGACACUAAGUUACUGGAUGCUGUGGCCAGGCGGCUGCUCAAUCUCAAUAGUUGCAACAGGGAGUUGCAGGCGAAGCUCCAGCGUCAGGACACGGAUUGCAAAAUCAAAAUUACAGAGCUGCAGGCCCAGUUCGAGUCGGAAAAUACCUUGAAUAUAAGGAAUUGUGACAUUCUGAAGGAGAUUGCAGACUUGAUUUGUAAACUGCGUUCUACGGACUUCUCCUAUAAUGAGAUCUACAACGAAACGUCUACGGAGAACCCAUUCUGUGUUGCCAUAAUGGAAAUGUUCGAUGAGAAGUCCGAGCAGACCGAAAAGGAGUAUGAGAGUCUGGCAGCUAACGAACGCUUGGUCUGCCAAAUCAGUGCCCUAAAGGAGACUCUCAAUGAUCGCAACGAACUAAUCAAUCACUUGCAAUCCAUGAUCGGCAACUACUCCGAUAUGAGUGAAAAUAAUCGCCUAAAAGAGGAGAACCACGAUCUUAAAAUGAAGAAUAGUGAAAAUAUACGGAAAGCGAGGGAGAUUGCUGAACAACUAAAUGGUCAAGUCACGCAACGGGUGGAACUGGUCAACAAAUACGAAUCUCUUUCGUCCAGUUUCGAGGAGCAGUGCCAGGAGCUGAAGGGAGCCAACCGACGGGUGCAGAGCCUACAGACUCGCCUCUGUCAGGUCGAGAAGCUGCAGGAGGAGCUGAGAACAGAGCGAAAAAUGCUACGGGAGGAGGUGAUAGCUUUGAAGGAGAAGGAUGCUUGCAGUGUGGGUCGUGAACGGGCACUCCAAGACCAGCUGAGAUGCAGUCAGAUGGAUCUGGACAAGAGCCGUUGCCUCAUCCGGAACAUGCAAUCUCAACUGCAGCAGCAGGACAAGCUGCACCAGGAUUCCAUCCAAGACCUAAAGCUGGCCAAUGAAAGUAUAAGGGAGCAGGUGAGAAGCAUUGGAUCCGAGUGCCAGCAGAUGCAGCAACGCCUCAAGCAGGAGGCGGAGGUCAACCGGCAGCAGAGACAGAUCAUAGAGACGUUCCGCAAGUGGAAGGAUGCCCAGGUUAGGGCCGAUGACGUGAUGCGCGAACGCUUCAAUCGGGCCGAGGAGCACAUCAACAUGCUCCUGGAGGAGAACCAAACACUAGCCGAGGACUAUCGCCUGCUCCUCAGGGACCACACGGUGCUCGAGUCUGAGAUGGGUCGGGUCAAACAGGCGGUCAACUACUCGACCUCGUCAACAUUCGGAUGUCCACCGGGUAUGGAAAGGAUCGAGGGGGGCAGCGAUAUGGCCAGAAGUUUAUUGAGGAACAUGACCGACACGUCCCAGCGCAUCUCUGACCAGUGCAAGACUCUCAUUACCAAUGCCAAUAAGAUGCCUCAGAUGAAUGAAAAAACUUUAUUGGCCAGAAACACUGCCGGUUCCGGGAAGCAGGAUAGCUAUAAUGCUCUACGACCAACGAGAUCCUCCAACAACCUGUUGCUGCAGUAGCAAGAGUAGCACAUCCUCCUCCCUCCGUCCAUUUCAACUUGGUGCACCCUCCCAAAUAAUGUUUGGCCAACAACGAUUUCGAGUAAAGUAUUUUGUAAAUUAUCUUUGUAAAUUAUGGUAGAAAACAAAUAAAACCAAGUGCUUGUGUAA